UUAAGUGAAUCAAACAUGGCAUUCAAACUUGUUGCUUUCGCUGCUUUCGUCGCUGUUGCCAGCGCCAGUCUUAACCACGCUCCUUUGGCCUAUGGUCAUGGUGCCAUCUCCACCUACUCCACCCAGACUGUUGCUCACUCCGCACCAGUCGUAGCUUCAACCUACGCCGCCGCUCCAGCUGUAGUAGCUCAUGCUGCCCCAGCCGUAGUAGCCCACUCCGCUCCAGUUGCCGUCGCCGCUCCAGUAGUCAAAUCCGUUGUAGCUGACGCCCCAGCCCACUACGACUACGGAUACUCCGUCAGCGACCCCUUGACCGGUGACCACAAGUCCGCUGUAGAAACCCGUCGUGGUGAUGCUGUCCAAGGUAGCUACUCCCUGAUAGACUCUGACGGAACUAAGCGCACCGUAGACUACACUGCCGAUGCCGUCAACGGAUUCAACGCUGUAGUAUCCAAGGAAGCUCCAGUUGUAGCCAAAGUAGCAGCCCCAGUUGCUGCCGUAGCCGCUCCAGUAGCCGCCGUAGCUGCCCCAGUAGUAGCUAAAUCCGUCGUAGCCGCCCCAGCCGCCGUAUCCACCUACUCUACCCAAACCGUCGCUCACUCCGCUCCAGUCGUCGCCUCCACCUACGCCGCCGCCCCAGUAGCUGCCGUAGCCGCUCCAGUUGUUGCCAAAGUAGCCGCUCCAGCUGCCGUAUCCACCUACUCCACCCAAACCGUCGCUCACUCCGCUCCAGUCGUCGCCUCCACCUACGCCGCCGCCCCAGUAGCCGCCGUAGCUGCUCCAGCCGCCGUAUCUUCCUACUCCACCGUCUCCCACGCCGCUCCAGUCGUAGCUGCCAGAUACGGAUACUCCGCCCCAGUCGUUGCCGCCAAAUACGGAUACGCCGCCGCUCCAGUAGUAUCUAGCUACUCUUCCGUAGCCCAUGCUGCUCCAGUAGUAGCCAGCUACUCCGCCCCAGCCGUCGCCUCCUACUCUGCUCCACUCGUAGCUGCCAGAUACGCUUCUCCAGCCGUAUCCACCUACUCUGUAGCCCACUCUGCUCCAGUAGCUUACUCCGCCCACACCUACGCCGCUUCCGCUCCAGUUGUAGCCAAAGUAUGGUAAAUUAGGAUUUUCGAAUGAUUGAGUGAUUUAGGCCGUGAUAAUUUAUUUAUAAACUGUAAAUAAAUACCAUCCAACGAA